GAUUCGUGACAGAUUCAUGACCAGAAAAAAUCUUCAGAACCUUGACUACAUAAAUUGUUUAAAUGUGUUUGUUGAGUGCCUUGGUUGUAAAAUAUCAUUAACUUCAUGGCACUUUUAAAAGUGUAAUGCUAUUUGUCAGUGUUGAUUAUGUUUUUGAUAGACAGACUGAAACAGGUGAAUUGAGUUGUACAAGGAUUUUAACAUGAUAAGAGUAAAUAUGGUUUCUGUGAGAAAGUAAAGAGAAAGCUUCCAGUUGAUCACUUUGUAUAAAGUUAAACCAUUCGGAUUCUUUUAAUUUAUGAAAAUUCUAAAGCUGUGAAAAAUAGAGCAUUCCAAGCCAGUAUGUGAACUUAUUUGGGUGCCAGUGUUAUUUGUACCACUUACGAACAGUAUAUGAAUAUCAGCAAAGAAUUAGGACGACGGUGAAUUGGAACAUUGUUAGACCGCUGAAAGCUGCUACAGAAAGAAGAAACAUGGAGUCAUUACCAAUAGAAGACAACCCAAUCCAAGAAGUUUACAUCAAAGAAGAAAUACCAGAUGAUGUAAAGAUAGAAGUUAAAGAUGAAGAGGAAAGCCUAGAUGGAUCUACUCCCAGUGGAGAUCACAUGGAAGGCUCCUGUAUCACACACAAAUCAGAAAGACUGGACGACACUACUAUUGCAGCAGGAGAAGAGCAAGAAAAAGUUGAUAUUUCCUCUGAUGAAGAAAACCCCCGUGUGAGUUUUGCUUUGCAUACCAUUUUCAUUUUUUUUUUCAACCCUUUCACUGAUAUGGACACUGUUCAACAUCCACACCUUGUUACUCCCCAGUGA